AUGCAGGGGGCAAUUCCCGAUCGUCGCGCACAACUUGAAAUUCAUGGGUAGGUUGGAAGACUCUGGGGUAACAAGUUCCACUGUGGCAUAUGAGAUUCGAAGAAUCUUGGUAAGAGGCGUGCUUACGCUGAUCAUAGGUUCGCUGACCGAUCACGGCGGUGACGAAAGCAAGCGCAGCUACGAGGUAAGGGUGAGGCAAAGACCUCAUGGUUGA